AUGUAUGAAAAGUUCUUUGAUGCAUGCAAACGAACUUUCGAUGUUAAAAAUAAUAUAAAUAAUGGUUAUGGAGGCAAACAGAAGACUUGUUGGCCUUUAAAAUGGAAGAAGGAAAAUAGGUGUUUAGUGAUCAUAUCAGAACCUACAUCUCUACUUUGUCUUCUUGUUGAUGAAUCCAGUCAUUUGUGUUUCGUUUGUUUUGAUCAAGUUGUCAAACACUAUCCUUUUGUAAUCAGUAUUUCAAUCAUACAAAUAGAUUUGUUACAAACCAAAGAUGCUAUUUUCAGUCUUGAAACCGAUGCUCCUAGUGGUAGCGUAAAACCAGAAUACUUUCUAUUUAAAGAAUCCAGUGAGACAUUCAACCUUUACACACUCCGUGUUAUCACCUUUGCUUUCUUCAACAGUGUAUUCUAUUUGGCUUCUGAUCACAGGGUUACACGUUCUCAGCUAAUAGUAGUAUACUUUAACCAUAACUUUGAGACCAAUCGUCCAUUUAAGAUCAGAAAUGAGAAUAAAGAGAAGAAUAAUAUGCUAUAUCCUAUCCUCCUAUCCUGCUUUAUGUCUAAUGAUGAUUCAGGAAGACGAAUUCAAUUGAAAGGAAAAUUAAAAUAUGGGUGA